AUGUCAACAGCUGCUUAUCGAAGCGCUCACUCAUCACGAUCUUUUAAUCGACAGCAUCCUCGAAAAUCAUCAAUUACUAAUUCGAUUCUCCCAAGCAUGACAAACAAUUCCGCAAAAACCGUUCGUCCACCUAUUCCACCCAUCCGAGAAUCAUUGUCAACAAAUGCAAUUAGCCCAUCGCAAACGUCUUCACCCGUUGUUUCAUCACCCUCACUUCCUGUUAAGAAAUUCGCUCUACAAAAUACAAUUGAGAAGCAACCUUACACGUUCAGUAAUCCUCCACGUGAACUCCAGAGACAGUCAAUCCAAAAUAUGAAAUAUCUUCGCGAUAAACGUUUGCGUCAACGUGUCUCAUCCGCUCCCGACGAAAAUUCUCGUCAGAAUUCACCACGUUCAAUUCUCAAUCAACAAAAGCCAUUAUCAGCAAAUGAAUCAGCAACACCACGUUUACAUGACGAUAAUCUCAUUCCACCACUACCACUAAAUCAAUCAAUCAAACGCGAUGAACAACAAAAGACUUCAUUAAAUGCUCUACUGAAAGAACAAGAACGAUCCAAAGUUCCUAAAGCCGUACAGAAACGACGGAUCAUUUUACUCUUUCGCCGUGUACCUCCCUCGUCCACGCCACCCGUCCUAUCACCGAGACAACAACCGAAUUCGUCCCCAGACAAACAGGAGAAAAUCUCAAAUGAUGUUCUUCAGCAAGAUAAGAAAUUAAUCGAUGACCUUCACCAUCCGACAAAUAAUCAAACAUCUUCAACACCAGACUCGUACCCUAAUGAUCCAUUCUACGGUUUCGAUCAAGCGGAAAUUGCUGAUUCGAAGCAAAUAGCUGCUAUACUUGCUAAUAUGCAAUCAUUAGACGAAUGGAUACCGAACGCAGCCAAUGGCGGCACAUCUCCCCGACACCAACACAAAAGUUUUGAUCCGAAAAAAUACGAAUACGUUGCAAAUAGCUCCUUCGAUACAGCAACAUUCAAACUAUCGCCUCGCACCUUGAAACCUGCCGAGGACCUCGCAGCACGUUCGCGAUUCUCGCAAAACUAUCGCUACGAAAUGCUUUCGAGUGCCAAUGCACAGAUUCCGCCAUUGAUGGCGUCCAUCGUAGCAGAAAAUAAUAGUACAAUGGGCACAGGAAGUAGUAACGAUAAAACAUAUACAUUCCGACUCAAUCCCACAGCUACAAUGAAAAAACACGGUUCACUCGAUGAUUUGGAAUCAAUUUCAUCGAACAUGGAUGGGGAACAAGUUCAGUUAUGUUUCGAUGAAAUACUUAGAUGCUUUUACGAUCCUUACACGGGCAACUAUUAUGAAAUAACGUCUGCUUAA